AUGGUGGUCUCCUCCGACGAGACGUCCCCACUAAUUCCUCUGUCUCCGCAGCCCCUUUCAUCCAUUCAAAGGCAUCGCCAUCGUCGUGAAUCUUUCGAGACGGGGUUUCCACUUGUUGUCGCUACAGAAAUUGAUGUCCAGUCGACUGUACAAGAGUCGGAGGCUGACUCACCACGAGCUUCGGUCUCCGUAUCGCCGUGCCAAUGGUUGGGACACAAUUGCGCCGUGCCGUUCACGCUACUAAUGUCGGCAAUUGGUGCCGGCACAUUGGCCGUGCCGUAUACUUUCGUGCUAUUGUCUCCUGUCCAGGCGGUUUUGUUGCUUUGUUGCGUGGGGUUGGCAAUGGCUUUCACGGCUGAUACACUCGUGGGCGUUCAUGUGGCGGUGGUAACGCAAAGUGUUGAUGAACUGCAGGAGAGUCGCGAGACGUAUCAACAUCUGGCGUGGAGAGCUGGCGGUAAGCCAUUGGCUCGACUGACGGGAGCUUUGACGGCGCUCGCAGUUUUUGGAGCGUGUGUGGGCUGCGUGCGUGUGGUGAAGGACAUGGCGCCGGUGAUGCUAUCAACAGUCAUUAACGGUUUUGAGCAAUGGAGUCAGACAGAACAGCAACAUGCAGUGGCGACUACUGUUUGGGUUAUCGUACUGGUGGUUGUCCUGCCACUGGGAUGUUUGACGAAAAUUUCUGCAUUGCGCUUUUCGUCGUACUUUGGAGUGGCAUUUUCGGUGUAUCUGGUGGGAGCUUAUGAAGCAUCAUUGUUCUGGCGCGUAUCCGAGGCUGUAGGUAUCUACAACUUCACCUUCAUGUUGCACUUAAACGUAAUCCCUUUACUCGCUCAACUUAAUGUUGGUGGUACUGAAGCUCCUGUGGCUGUGGACUUGCUUCAAACUGCUGCACGAACGAUGCGACGUCACUUGGCUCUGGCUGUCGGAGUGUGUAUUCUGCUCUAUGCGACGUUCGGUAUUUGUGCUGCGCACAUAUACGGGAGUAAAACACAAGGCAACAUACUGCUGAAUCUCUCGAACGAUCGAAUCAUGGCGGUGCCUCGCGUGGCGAUUCUUUUGACGAUUCUCCUCUCAUUCCCGCUACUGUUCCACCCGCUUCGCUCGCUGGUGCUAGAGAUGUACAUGGCCUGCACAUCUCGCAAUACCCCGGAAGAGGAAAACGGCUCAGCCCCGUCACAAUUCGUACAAGCUGUUGGGACUGUGUCACUCCUAGUCGCUCAGAUUAUCUGUGCCUUACGUGUGCCUGGACUACAGGUAGUGUUUUCGUUCGUCGGUGCGAGUAUCUUGCUGAUGCUUUGCUACUUGUUUCCAUUGAUUUUCUACGUGCGACUUACGUCAUGGCGCUCAAGUCGCAAGGAGAUAGCACGACUGGCUAUACUGUCAAGUGUGGGCUUGGUCGCGACAGUGUUUUGCGUCGCAGCUACCCUACAGCUUGUGUUUCCAGCAUGA